AUGACAAUGACGCUCGAUACUACUCAGCAGCGGUUUGGUCCUUCGUUGAAUUUCGACUAUUCAGCGCCUGCUCAACCGCCUGCCUUUUCCAACCCAUGGUCCUCCACAUCACCUCCACAGCAUCCUCCUGCGGGAAGCAGCUUGUUUGUUGGUAGCCAGCCAGCUCUUAACCCACACAUGAUGGCCGGCAAGGCACCUCACAGUCGCGCGAGCACCAGCAGCACUUCUUCAAUGGCUUCGUACGGAAGCGCAAUGCCCAUUCCCAACACCUCCGCAGACCUGCUUAGCAUCAACCGCAUGCAAACAACGUCGGCUGCUUACGGAGAUCCCAGUUACACAACAUCCGCUUCUCCUGUCAACCAUCAAUUCGCGCCUACAUCCGCUGCUCCUUAUGACACCCUUGGCUAUGCGCCGGCUCCUGUGCGCCCCCCACCUUUCGGUCUUGCUCCUGCCGAUGAUCAUACCAGAAGGUUCUCUCAGCAUAACAUCCAGGAUGAACGGAGGAGCUUCGCAGACGCGCUUGAUGCUAGCCAUGGCAUGCUUGCCAUGAGCCAAGAGACUCCUCGGCCCAUCUAUGGGGCGCGUAGUGAUCGAUCCUCUGUUGAUUCUUACGGAUUCCCCUCUACCCAUUCUACCAGCUCAUCCAUCUCAUCCAGUGGCAACUUUAGCUCCUACUACGGCGAUUCUGUCUCCGACUAUUCGACUGCGGGCUCUGAUAUUGAGUCUGUUUCGUCAAGGACUCUCCCUCGGCCUCAGGGCCUGAUGGGAUCUCAGAUUCCUCCUGCUCCCCAAUCGAUGAUGGGACAGUUUAGUUCCAAGGUAUCAUCGAGCACUCAGAAGAAGCAUAAGUGCAAGGUCUGUGAUAAGAGAUUUACACGACCUAGUUCUUUGCAAACCCAUAUGUAUAGCCACACUGGCGAGAAGCCAUUUGCCUGUGAGGUUGAAGGAUGUGGUCGACACUUUUCAGUUGUCUCCAAUCUCCGACGCCACCGAAAGGUUCAUCGAGGGGAUGCACGCUCCGAGGCUGGCUCCGAGGACCACCACUCGGACUAG